AUGUCGUCAUUCUUAACCAAAAGAAUCACUAAAUUUAGAGUUCUCGCUGUGUUACUGGUUCUACUAAGUGUCUUGGUGUUGGCCACUCAUAAAAAUGUUGGCAAAGUUAUUCGACGGCAAAAUGAAACCAAAACAAUUUUAAUUUGGAACGGAUCUAGCCGAAAGGAAGUGCGCAAUUUCGGCUGGGGUAAGGACGCCUUUGCCAAAAAGAAAUGCUCGUACACUCAAUGUGAAAUGGUCGACAAGAGAUCGAAAUUUCCCCUCGAACAUUAUGACGCAAUCAUGCUUGUGCUUAAUGACGAAUAUACUUCAGCGGAACAAAUGAUGAUCCCGGAUUUUAAAAACGAUCGAGAUGCAAGUCAGCAUCUCGUCCUGUUCACUCAAGAGUCUCCCCCAGCCUUGAAACGCUAUUACAACAUGACUCGAUUAGCUCAGUUCUUCAAUUUGACCAUGACGUACAGAAUGGACUCUGAUAUUCGAUUACUAUACGGUCGAAUUAUUCCAAAAGAAAACGCUCCUCGGACACCGGAAGAGAUAAGCUAUUUACGAAAAAUAGCUCGUCCUAGACUGCCAUCAGACACAGUGAGUAACAAGACCAAAUCAGUUGCCUGGAUGGUUUCUCAUUGCAAAACGCACGGCCAAAGAGAAACGUACGUCAAAGAGCUGAGCAAAUACAUCGACGUCGAUAUUUAUGGUAGAUGUGGCAAUCUUACAUGUGCAAAACACUCAUUACAUCACUCGGACCCAAAGUGUUAUGACAUGAUCGAGUCGACCUACAAAUUCUACUUGUCUUUUGAAAAUGCAAUUUGUCCAGACUACGUCACUGAAAAGUUUUUCAAAAUUAUGGGCCACCACAUCGUUCCGGUCGUCUACGGAGGAGCAGACUACAGUCAACACGCACCGCCCCAUUCGUACAUCGACGCCCGCAAAUUCAAACCCAAAGAAUUGGCCGCUUAUCUCAAAUUACUCGAUGCAAACGACACGCUCUACAACGAGUAUUUCUGGUGGAAGGAUUAUUACAGUGUGGAGUACAGCGUGGAGGACAUGUCUCGUCACGGAUUUUGUGACUUGUGUCGAAAACUGCACCAGCUGGAUGGAAAUUUUCGGUCGUAUAAGGAACUGGAGUCGGAAUGGGGCGAUGGCAACAAGUGUCAACAGUUGGACUCCAGUUGGUUAUGA